UCCUUUUUCGUGGUGGCUUCAUUCCAUUACGAUCUGUAGUUGCCGUCGUCGGUGGGAGGGGGAGAUGGGUUCGAUGGACCGAUCGAAGAGGAGGAAUCGCCUGUGGAAGAAGGCGCUCCUGCACUUCGCGCUGUGCUUCGUGGUGGGCUUCUUCACCGGUUUUGCGCCGCCCAGCACCGCUACCUUCUUCUCCGGCGGCGCUGCCGAGCGCCGGCCCGUCAGGAGCAUCGGCAUCCUCCCCGCCGCCCCCGGUGAUGUCGUGGAGCGGGUCGUUGAGCCUGGCGUGGCCGUCAACAGGUCCAUGGUCGAGAUCCCGAGAUCUGUCCCCGCCGCUACCGGCGGGAACGGCGACGUCGGGGACGAUCCGCCGCCGGACAUGGAGGGGGCGGGGGCGCGCGGGCCACAGGCGCCGUCGCGGCGGUUGCUGAUCAUUGUUACCACCACCAGGUCUAACGACCGGUUCCAAGGCGCGUUCCUGCGGCGAUUGGCGCACACCUUGCGCCUCGUCCCGCCACCGCUCCUGUGGAUCGUCGUCCAGGCCCAUGCGGAAGCCCCCGCCACCGCCGCGAUGCUGAGGACCACCGGCGUCAUGUACCGGCACCUGACCUUUAGGGAGAAUAUCACGGAUCCGGCAGCGGAGGCUCAUCACCAGCGGAACGUCGCCCUCAGCCACGUCGAGUACCACCGGCUCACCGGGAUCGUGCACUUCGCCGGUGCAUCCAACGUCUACGAUCUCCGAUUCUUCGACGAGAUUCGAGAGAUCGAGGUUUUUGGGACAUGGCCAGUAGCAGUGGUGUCAGAGAACAGGAAGAGAGUGGUGGUGGAUGGUCCUAUUUGUCAUUCAUCAAAGGUUGAAGGGUGGAUCUUGAAGGACUUGAGCAAUGACAGAAGGUUGUUGGUGACUAGCUCAGAUGUGAGCUCUAGACCUCCAAAUAUAAAUAUUUCUGGGUUUGCAUUCAAUAGCUCGAUAUUGUGGGAUCCUGAGAGAUGGGGUCGCCCUACCUCAUUGCCUGACACAUCACAGGAUUCAAUCAGGUUUGUGCAUGAAAUUAUCCUAGAAGAUGAGACUAAGCUGAAGGGUAUUCCGGCUGACUGCUCCAAGAUCAUGGUGUGGCACCUCUACAUGCCUAGAGUGAUUCCUCUGCCCUUUCACAAUCAGAACCCAAGAUGAGAGGUAGACCAGGAGAAGCAAGGAUCCCAAGAGGGAUUGUGUAAAUGAGAGGAAAAACGAAUAUCUAUAUAUAUAUUCUUGGUUUUGAUUUUUUAUUUCCUUUCCCUUGGGGAAGGCCACUAGAUCACCUCCCAGGAAAAUAUUACUGACCAUUUCUUCCUGGUAUUCUUUCAUGUGGUUGGUGCAUUCACAACCGAGCGGGUUGCUUGCCACAUUCCUGUCAACCAUUAAGACAAGAAUCAAAAGCUGGGAGUUGACUUGCCUUUGGUGCCCAGCUAUUCAUUCUUUUCUGUAAUUCGAACCAUCAUGACAAGCAAAGUGAUGGCAUUCGGGUGGCCCUCUGUGUGACGGAGAAUCCAAUGCUUGUCGGCUAGUCUGCCGUAUGUAACUCUAAGAUUAAUCUUGAUUCAAAUUUACAGUAGAAGAAGCAUUUGUUUCA